CUAUCGUACUGGCGAGGCCGAGGAUUUCGAUCGAAGCCCUUCGUCGCCUAGACUGAGGGGUAAGUACCACCUAGAUCGCUUCCAUUGACUGUACGGCCGUCGCACAGAACACAAGUCGAUUAUGCCUAUGGCUUUUUGAAUCCCGCGAAGUGUCGUAAGGGCAAUUCCAAAUUAAAAUAAUAAAAUCGAGAUAAUAAAAUCAAUUUGUGAGACAAAUUGCUACCAUGGAGUCUUGUGGAAUGAAUGUCAUCAAGUACAUCCUCUUCAUCUUCAAUCUAGUCUUCGCGAUAUCCGGUAUAGGUAUCAUCGCGGCUGGUGCGUGCGUAUUAGCGGAUGUUGGUGAAUUCAGUCACUUUGUAGAAGGCAGAAUAAUAGCACCACCUGUAGUACUCAUAGUUGCGGGAGCUAUCGUUUUUGUUAUAGCUUUUCUAGGCUGUUAUGGAGCGAUCAAGGAGCAUUAUCAUUUGUUAAUCGCCUUUGCGGCCGCGCUGUUAAUAAUUUUCGUGAUCGAGUUCGCGGUAGGCAUAGCGGCGGCGGUGUUUAAGAACGAUUUCAGCAUGGCGAUGAAAGACACUUUGAAGGAAUCGAUGAAGAAUUAUACAGAAGCUGAUAAAAUGGCCUGGGAUAACGUGCAGAAAAAGUUGCAAUGUUGCGGCGUAGAUGGUCCCAAUGAUUGGUCCCCGGCUAAUGGAUUCAUGUCAAACUUUCCGUCCUCUUGUUGCAUACAAGAUGACCAGCUAAUUAAUUGUCGCCUUGACAAUGUUGCGUAUCGAGAGGGUUGCUUCAGCAAACUGGAAAUGCGAGUCCACAAGGGUGCUACAGUUUUGAUCGGCGUGGGUAUUGGGAUAGCUUUCGUAGAGAUUGCCGGUAUCAUUCUUGCUUGCUGUCUUGCUGUUGCCAUAAAAAGGGAAACUAAUCCUAAAUAAAAUGUGUAUUAAUUUUAUUUUAUAUUACGUCAAAUUAAUUGCAAAAUCCACUGUUUGGACGACUUAAAAGUUCCGAUAGUAAUACGGUAUUAAAAAAUUUACACUUGAAAAAUUUACAUCGAUAAAGAAUCAACAUCGUGAACUAAUUAUUAUGAGUUUCAUUUAUAAUAUAAUAUUGCGCAUUGACUUUCUACUCGUUCUUCGCGCUCAUCUCUUAGAAUUAGCAGCAUAAUAACGAAUCUAAAUCUUUAAUCAGACUUUAUUGAUAACUUUAAUCAAUAUAUUUAUCACAUUUUGUAACUAUACCGUGCUUCUGCUUUUAUAUAUAUAAACAAUAAGUAUUCGUUCUCGAGAAGAAUAGAGAAAUAUAUUUCUAGAAUAGA